AUGACCUCCAAAAUCAUCGUUACGGGCUCUGUGCACGGACGGUUCACAGAAGUUUUCGGGAAGAUAUCGAAGCUACAUGCAAAGAACGCCUUCUCACUUGCUAUAGUCGUAGGAGAUCUUUUCCCCGAGCAUACUGAAGGAUCCUCGGAAGAUGGAGAUAAUCUCACGUCUCUUCUAAAUGGUAGAAUCACCAUCCCCUUGCCGACAUAUUUUACGCUUGGAAAACAUCCGCUACCUCAGCAAAUAGUGGACAAACUCGAGAGAUCAGAUGACGAAAUUUGUCCGAAUCUUUACUUUUUAGGCAAACGUGCGACCACGAAGACUUCUGAAGGAAUACGAAUAGUGAAUCUCGGAGGGUCACUGGACCCAGAAAUAACCGCUGGUUUGUCAAAAGACAAGCACUUGCCCUUCCACACUGAGGGCGACGCCAAAGCGCUUCAUGGCGCAAACACCGCAGAUAUACUUGUCACGAGUAACUGGCCAACAUCAGUCCAUGCAAGAUCCAACAUCGAACUCCCAGAAGGUGCAGAGGAGUCAUUAUCAUUAGCGAAGGCGGAGCAGUGUAUCGCCGAGCUCUGUUCAGGCCUGAAACCUCGCUACCACUUCAGCACCUCCGACUCCAUAUUCUACGAGCGUGAACCGUUCUUCCACAUAACAAAAGAGGAUCAGCCUGACACUUCAUCAAUAACUCGCUUCAUCAGUCUCGCCGCCUACGACAACCCUGCGAAGCAAAAGUGGCUAUAUGCUUUCACCAUAGAUCCGAACGCCGCACCACCCCUCACAAUGCCUUCAGGUACAACAGCAACUCCCUUCACCGACACCUCAAGGAAGCGUCAACGUCUCCCAGAUCAAAUCCAGGCUUACUCACGCUUCAAUCAUGACAACGGCCACCAGAAUCACCACCACCCAAACAAGCGAGCUCGUCACAAAGCUCCACCACCGGGACCUCAGGAAUGCUUCUUCUGUCUCUCAAACCCCAAUCUUGCAACUCACCUCAUCGCCUCUAUCGCAGAAGAUGCCUACGUCACCACUGCAAAAGGACCUCUCAGCACCCCUACUACCUAUCCCACCCUCAAUUUUCCUGCCCACAUGCUUAUAAUCCCUCUGUCACAUUCUCCCACGUUGUCAAGUAUCACGCCACCUGAAACAAAAAUCUCAACAUACAAAGAAAUGCAACGCUACCGCAACGCUUUGCAUUCCCAUCUCCUUUCCACCAGCAAAGGCGUUUUGGGUGCAGUGACUUGGGAAGUUAGCCGCGCAGAAGGCAUUCACAUCCACUGGCAGUUCCUGCCCGUACCCGCCGAUCUGAUAAAGAAGGGUCUUGUGGAAGCAGCUUUCAAAGUUGAGGCCGAGAACGAAAAGUAUCCCACUCUGAAGACAAAAGCGAUAGGAGACGGCACAGCGGAGAGGGGUGACUAUUUCCGUGUAUGGAUCUGGCGUCUUGAGGAGGGUGCAGAGUCCACUCUUAACGGUGGGGGUGCCAACGAUGGGGAUGGAGAGGAGAAGAAGGGAGAAGAGAAGGAACUUGUGCUGCCACUAUCAGCGGAAUUUCGCUUUGAUUUGCAGUUUGGCAGGCGGGUAAUGGCGAAGCUAUUGGGCUUGGAAGCGCGCAUGCAUUGGAAGGACUGCACGCAAAGUGAUGCUGAGGAGAAGAAGGACGCGGAGAGGUUCAAGGAUGCAUUCAAGAAGUUUGAUUUCUCAUUAGAGGAAAGCUAG